AUGUCUUCUCCCCCUCACUCUCCUGCUCUCUCAUGCCCGGUGUGUCAAAUGUUUAGUUACUGCUUAGCCUCCUUUAAUGAUAAUGGUACUUGUAAUAAGUGUAGUGCUUUAGCUGUGUUGGAGGCGAGGCUUAGUGAACUAGAAGUGCGGCUCUGCACCAUGGAAACCAAUUCGGUAAAGUUAACUGCAGCAGUUAGCCAGUCGCCCUUAGCUGGUGCAAGCCGACAUAGCGCAGCUAGCCGUUCCCCGACACCUCCCGAGCAGCCGGACGGCUGGGUGAAUGUCCGAAGGGGGAAUAGUCAGAAGCCGCGGCCCACGAUGGUUAACCACCAACCGCUUCACGUCUCCAACAGAUUCUCCCCACUCAGUAACACACCCACUGAGAAGCCAACUCUGAUCAUUGGCGACUCCAUUCUUCGGAACGUGAAGUUAGCGAAACCAGGCACCAUAGUUAAGUGCAUCCCGGGGGCCAGAGCGGGCGACAUUGAAUCCGUUUUGAAACUGCUGGCUAAGGAUAAACGUAAAUACAGAAAAGUGGUUAUUCACGUCGGCAGUAAUGACACCCGGUUACGUCAAUCGGAGGUCACAAAAAUUAAUGUGGAAUCGGUGUGUGCAUAUGCCAAAACAAUGUCGGACUCCGUAGUUUUCUCUGGUCCCCUGCCAAAUUUGACCAGCGAUGAUAUGUGUAGCUGCAUUUCAUCGCUCCAGCGCUGGUUAACGAAGCCCACGUUGUUUGCUGGACACCACCUCGACAAUCAUUGGCAAACUUUCUGGAGGAGACCUGGUCUUAUUAGGAGAGAUGGUGUUCAUCCCACUUUGGAUGGAGCCGCUCUCAUAUCUAGCAACCUGACCAAGUUUAUUAGCGGUCCAAACCCGUGACAAAUCAGAGUUGAGACCAGGAGGCAGAGUCGCAGUGUAAAACACUUCUCUGCCUUUCCCUUUGAGCAGUCAUCCACCCAAAAUCCCAUAGAGACUGUGUCUGUCCCCCGUCCUCCCAAAGCUAAGUUAUUUAAACCAGGUUCUAACAGAAGAGGAGUUACCCAAAAUAACCUAAUAAAAAUUGAAACUUCAACUGCAAAUAAACAAAAACCCAAAAUAAUUAAAUGUGGACAAAAUGUCUUAAAGCUUUAGAUGAUAAGGAUCUAAUGUUUAUUAGACAAAGUAAGUCAAUAUUGCAAUCUGAUAUUAACUCAUUUACUAACUGAAACCUGGCUGCGUGAUGAAGAAUAUGUCAGCCUAAAUGAAUCUACUCCUCCUAGUCAUAUUAAUACUCAUAUAACUCAUUUGAAAGCCUUGUUCUCAGUCUUUCACACCCAACCUGGAAAAACCAACAGCCAAUCCUAUUUGUCAUAGUUUUCCGGCCUCCCGGUCCAUAUUCAGAAUUUUUAUCACAAUUCUCUGAGUUUUUAUCAAGCCUAGUACUAAUUACAGAUAAGGUAAUUAUUGUAGGUGAUUUUAAUAUUCAUGUUGACGUUGAAAUUGAACAUUUAAUAGUUUUCCCACAAAAUCCUGUGUUAUCAGACCAUUAUUUAAUAACUUUUGAAGUCCUGCUAUUGGACUACUCGCUAAUAAGCAAGAGUUUCUCCACUAGAUGUCUAUCUGAUAGUUUCUCCACUAGAUGUC